UUCUCUUCUUCAAAAUCACAUAAUCUUUUAUCAUUUAUCCCCAAAACGCCCCCAUCUUCCUCCUUGAAACUCAAAUCCCUAUUUCACCCUAACCUCGUAAUUUCCCCCUUAUCGAUCUCAUUAUCUUAACCGCCUUCCGCCUCCACUCACCUCUAAUCUUCGCCGUGAGAGGUACCGCCGCCUUCAUUUCUUUUCCGCUCAACUAGGGUUUCCACCGUCAUUUUUGUCCGUUUUUUUCCCGAGAAUCGACGUUAGUAUCGUAAAAGAUUCGAUUUUAGUAUCGUGAAAGAUUCGAUUUUAGGGUUUUCAUAUUGAAUGUUGAUUUGAGAUUGGUGUUUCGUUUUUUUUUAUUUGGAGGGUUUUUAAUUUUUCCGGUUAGGAUUUUUUGAUUUUGAGUUCUCCUAGUUGUGCUCCGGUGAUGCCGCGAAGUUCAAGGCAUAAAUCUAACAAGCAUAGUUCUAGGGAUGUUAGGGACUACUCGGAUUCGGAGAGAGGUACGUGCUUAAAGGAGAAGGAAAAAAAGACGAAGGAGGAGAGCAAGCCUGGAUCCGGUGAGAAGAGAAAGCUUGACUCCAAGGACACUUGGGUUUCGGGGAAUGGAGAUUAUGUGGAGGAGUACAGUUCCUCAAAGCGCCGCAAAGAAAAAGUGGAUGAUGGAGCAAUCGACAGGUGGAAUGGCGGUGAAGACGACGGUAAAGGAGAGAAGAAGUCUAGGGUUUCAAGUGAAUCCAAGAGUAAGAAACGAGAGGAUGCCGAAGGAGAGGAUGCAAACAGGAUUAGAAAUUUGGAUGUACCAGAUCGGUUGCAAAGUCCUGAAUCAGAGAGCCAGCUUGAGAGACGACUUAGGAAAAGGAGAGAUGCUUCUGGUGACGGGGAUAAGUGUCUGGAAGAUAAUGGAGAUAACUUGGACAAGCAGUUGUCUAUGAACAAUUAUACUGGCAAAGACGGCAGAGCAAAAGAUGAGAAACAUAAGGAUGAAAGAUACAAGGACAAGUAUCAAGAAGAAAUGGACCAUGAAGACAAGUGGCAAGAUGAUAAAUUGAAAGAUGAUCGACCAGCAAUUGAUCAAGCUAAUUGUAAGUCUAGUGAGAAGCUUUUAAGGGAUGGAAAAGAUGAUGUGAAAGUUCGGCAGAAGAAGUCCAAGGCUCAUGAUAGUGACUUUGAGCAUGAUCGUGACCAUGAUAAAGACCGUGACCGUGAUAGAGAUCGUGAUCGUUAUAGGGAGCGGGAGCGGGAGCGGGAUCGCGAUCGAGAGCGUGAACGUUAUCGUGAUCUUGAUCGUGACCAUUAUCGAGAACGUGACCGAAGCCGAGAUCAUGACCACGAUCGUGAUUAUGAUUAUCAAUGGGAUCGUGACCGAGAUCUUGAUCGAGAACGUGAACGUGAUCGCCGUUAUAGUGAUCGGGACAAGGAUAGAGAUCGGGACCGUGAUGAGUUACAUGAUGAACGGAGGAGUGCUAGAUGCAAAGAUAGUAAGGGAAGGAAGCGAUCUCCUGAUGAUCGAGAUGCUGGUAAUGAUACAAAGUCUAGAGGUGCAAAAUACACUAUUCUGACAUAGAAAUAAAUCGA